AUGAAGUUCUCUGUCAUUUCUGCCAUUCUCCUACCUCUUGCCGCCGCGGCCGCUACCCCUGCCCAAGAGGCGGCGGCUGCUGCUGUCCCAGACCCUGUUCAGGACGGCAUCACCAAGAACUGCAAGACCUACUACAAGGCCAAGCCCGGCGACAGUUGCCAGAAGAUUGUCAAUGACUACGGCGUCUUUACGUUCAACGACUUUUACAAGUGGAACCCCGCCGUGGGCAAGAACUGCGAGUCCCUACUCGGUGGCUACUACUACUGUGUUGGCGUUCCUGGCACCCCCAGCAGAUGCACCGAGAACCACCCUACCCCGACCCAGCCCGGAAGCGUCUGCAAGUGUGGCCAGUGGUACAAGGUCAAGAAGGGCGACAAUUGCCAGGCUCUUGAGAAGAAGUUCAAGAUCUCGGACAAGGAUUUCCACAAGCUCAACGGCGGUCUCAACAAGGACUGCUCGAACCUUCAGGCUGACGUCAACGUCUGCGUCAAGGCCUAA